GCUUUUGCCAGAUUUCACAGGUGCUGUGGUGAUACAUCAUAAGAUUCAUGCUGCUGUCUGUUUCUGACUACUCAUGAGACAUCUCCAGUUGGACCAACCAGAAGUGAGCCCACCCAUUUUUUGCAAUCUUGUUGCACCUCGCCGCCUCUCCACUGUAGUUUGGUCUCUUCAGCCCCUCGGAAACGGCAGCUCUGACCGCCGGAGGAUCAUUCCUGUCUGAGAUGUUUUUCAACUUCAAAAGCGGCGUGGGGGGGAUGUCUCACGACGGCGUUCCCUCUGCGUUUGUAGUGGACACYCAUGCCACCCGGCCGGCCGUGCCGCCUCGCCUGGGCAAGCAGAAGAAGCAAAGCGGGGCGGCGCAGACUCUGCUGUUCAUCCUGGUGGCCCUGGCACUGCUCGGCGUGUUCUUUGAAGCUGUCUUCAUCUAUCGCCUCUACCAAUCUGAAUAUGCCCCCUCAGGUUCCGCCUCAAUGCAAAUCGACGGAAGCCCUCCGCCGGAUACUACAGACCCCGAGGGUCGGCUUCUUCCAUCCAAACCGGUUGCGCAUCUCACAGACGGCCAAGACGUCCRUCACGRCUCACACGUCAUGGCAUGGAGCGAGAUCGCAGAGCCUCUCCUCUAUGAAAUGACAUACGAAGACAAAAAACUCAUCAUCCAGAAAGAGGGAUACUACUACAUCUAUUCCAAGGUCUACUUCUCACUAGGUGGUGCUUUUUACCAYUCUGUGGAGAUGCAAACUAAAAAGUAUGCCGGAACCGGCAUCCCCCUCCUGCAGGCCAGAGAGUAUUCGUCAAAGAAAGACAAAGGAGCCCAGAGUUAUUCCAACAGUUUCCUAGCCGGGGUGUUUUACCUGUCCCAAAAUGAUGCUAUCUAUGUAAAUGUCAGCAGCACGACACAGAUYAUCAGAUACAAAUCUUAUGAGAAUGUGUUUGGUGCAUUUAUGAUAUAGAUAUCAGACCGACAGGCGAUUAAAAAAGAGAGUUUACAACUCUUCUCAGGGACAUUUUGUCUUUUUAUACCUGAUCGAAAGGCAUUGUAAAAGCAAAAGUGUUGAAGACGUUUUUAUCUACUUCAAAUCAAAACUUCGAAAGCUGAUUAAAGAUUUAACUGUUGUGUUGCUAAAUUUUAUUUACUAACAUAAACAAGGAUGGUGCACUUUUUAUUUUAUUUUACCGCUUCAAAAAAUGAUGAUUAUUUAUUUAUUCCUUUCGUAUAUAUAACUGUGUUAACAGUGCUGUGUUUAUACAAAAACAAAAUGCAAUAAAGUCUAUAUUGAACAA